AUGCCUCUGCGAAAUCUAAUCUCUUGGAACACGCUCCUUACAGCAUCCAUCGAGGAAGAAAGUUCCCUAUUGGAAAGAAUAUUCCACUCCAUGCCCAAGAGGAAUAGCGUCUCUUGGAACGCUCUUCUUGCAGCAUAUGCCCAAAGAGGGCAAAUGUCCCAGGCAGCGAACGUCCUGGAUUUAAUGCCGGAGAGAUCCGUUGUAUCGUGGACGGUCAUGAUGCUAGCGUGCUGUGCGUGCGUGGAUUCCGCCACGUGGAUGCUCCAGAGCAUGCCAGCGCACAGCCUAGUGACGUGGACAGCUAUGCUUGCGGUAUAUGCCCAGUUGGGGCAUCCAGAUCGUGCGAAGGUUUUGUUUAAAAAGAUGCCGUACAGGGAUCUUGUCUGCUGGAACACACUAAUCGCUGCGUACGGGCAUGGCGGGGAGGUCGAUCUUGUGCCUCGCGUCUUCGAUUUGAUGCCAAUGCGCGACUUAAUCGCGUGGUCGGCUUGCAUCGCCGCGAAUUCCUGCUGUGGGCGGCUUUGGGAUUCCUCUAGGCUCUUCUGGGCGAUGGCGCUCCAGGGAAUCGCGCCCAAUGAAGUGGUUCUUCAAUGCAUUCUCUCGUGCUGUAGUCACGCAGGGGAUCUCGACGCUGGGAUCCAUUGCUUUCGAUCGAUGGUCGUGGAUCACGCAUUGGAUCUUUCGAAAGAACACUAUAGCUGCAUUGUCGAUCUCCUCGGCCGCGCUGGACAAUUAGGGCCUGCGCGCGAUCUCCUAGAACACAUGCCAUUCGUCCCCGACGUGGAAUGGACGAGCUUAACGAUCCACCACUAUUCGUCGCACACGUGGCGGACGGGCAAAUGGAACCUAAUCCUGCCACCUGGACAAAUCGUAUUGGAUGCUGCGUUUGCUUGA